UCUGAUUGGCUGGCAGCCGACCUUCCGGGGUUUAAGCCCAACCAGCCUCCUCUGCCGGCGGUAGCCAUGGACAAAUUUAAUCUAACACAGCACUCGGGUAAAAAAUAGCGGGGCCCCCUCCGGAAAAAAAACACCUUUUGCCCUUCGCAUGUUCUAGUAUCUUUCUUGCGGGUGAUAGUCGUUUAUUUUGGUGAUAGAAGAGCACGUUUUGUUUUGUCUUGUGUGAUGAUGAACACUUACUUCGAGCAAGGCGGAUUCUACAACGGGACCGCUGCUACAACCGCCGAACCACAGGCGUACCGCUUUCCGCAGAGCUUGCUGGUGCCCCCGUACGGCCCCGGCCCGACGCCCCGGAAUGCCCACGAGUCGACCCCCUAUGGGGACACCAAUGGUGGGGGCAAUGGGUCCUGCAAGUUGUAUGCCGGGGGAGAAGCCAAUUUCAAAGCUGAGUGUCUGGCCAAAGAGCAGAAUGGUUUCAGCCAGGCCGUCAAAGACAUGGUGAACUGGCCAGCCAUGGCCAGGGCGGCCAACGAGCAGAUGAGGUCAUUUGCGACCGAGAAUUCGGCUACCCCCAGGGGCAGUGAGACCUGGCAACAGUGUUGUCAAACAUCGCCGGCGAUUGGUCAAACCCACAAUAACACAUUCUACCCAUGGAUGGCAGUGCAAGGUCCUGGUGGUGUUCGAAGAAGGGGCCGUCAAACUUAUACCCGUUUCCAAACAUUGGAACUUGAAAAGGAAUUCCACACCAACCAUUACCUAACUCGCCGAAGACGGAUUGAGAUGGCUCAUUCUCUGUGUCUCACUGAACGUCAGAUCAAAAUCUGGUUCCAGAACCGGCGGAUGAAGCUGAAAAAGGAGAUUCAGGCCAUCAAAGAACUAAAUGAGCAAGAACGCCAGAGCCAAGCCAAGGCUGCGGCGGCAGCCAGUUCAAACCUGAACCACAACAGCUCCUCCUCAACCAACAAUUCCUCCUCCACCAAGCCCGUAGAAGGCAGCACGACCAUCAACAUCAGCACCAACAAAACGUAAGAUCUAAGACAAUCAGUGUUAUGUCCCUCAGUUCCAUUCAUGUUUUCUUCUCAAGUGUCUUCAUGUUUCAUUGAACAGUUUUCAGCCUAGACUUUCGUUUUUCAACCCAUCCUUUCUGGAAACGUUACCAUCAUCUUUGAAAGGCUUGAAGGAAGAACUAUUUGAACGUUUUGCUGCGAAAUCGUAUUGGGAAUUUUCAUUUUUAUCGGAACAGCGACGUUGUCCAAGAACCAUCCUUGCGGGAUGUUAAGGUGUACAUAAUGUAGCCAUUUGGAAAAAAAAAAACUACCGAAUAUUUUAGGUUUACAUUUUGUUCGUAUUGUGUAACACGCAGACGCACCUACAUUGUAUUUAUUGGAUUGAGAUUUGCAUUUCUCAUCUUUCUGAACAGCGUUCCAUGUUCGCUGUGACUUCAUGAUUGCGCCGUCAUUUGAUGGCGUAAUUAACUUUUACGUGUUUGAAUGCAUUUUAAUUUUGUGACUCGAUUUAAGUUAUAUUUGCCAAGUUGCCAAAUAGAUUAAUAGAAUGUGAACUUAAUCUUAUUACUGUACAGAACAAAUUUUCUUGUGUACGUAUUGAUGUCACGUGUCCAACCCAUUUGUAACGAUUUUUUCCCCUACCUUUUUCGUCUUAAAUGCUAAUUAUAACAAGCAUGUGUAAUGGUUAAAAAGCAUGUGAUCUACAAUUUAUUCACGCUGCUAUAAUGAACUCGGUAAGUAUUCUAUAAUACAUGCGUGUAUAGGAUAAUUUUAAAUAGCAUUUUUUUGUUACGUGGGAGGCAUACCAUUUUUUUAAAAAAAUUCUUAAAAGUUUUCGGUUUAUAUGUAAAUUUUCUAGGUUUCUUAUUUUUAUCUGAUAUAAUUAUAUGAUGGAAAAGAUUAAACAAAAUCUUUUACAAUACGCAUCUAGAAAAUUUAUUAGAUAUUUAAAUUUCAGAUUCUCAUUUUAAUAUAGGAGACCCAUGAAAAAAAAAUUUAUUUUCUAAUAUUUAUUACUAGUUGUACAGCGCCUUGAUUUAAGCAGUAAUGUUUUUAUAAAAUGUUAUUUUAUGCAAACAACUUUUAAUUGAAUUUUAAUAAACUACGAGAAUUUCUCGUUUAUUAUUGGUAGUUAGGAAUAUGUCUGAUUUUAUAUACAAAAUUAAAUUAAACGUAUAGCUUUCAAAUAUUUUUUUAUAAAUUUGCUUACAGCUAAGGCAAAUUUUCAGUAGUUAACGAUAAGUAAAUAGCAUGUCUUACAAGUUUUUAUUGUUGUCUAAGUCAUCGCAGCUCAAUACGAGCUGUUAAAACAAUUUAAAAGUUAACGCCACAUAAAUAUAUACGUCUGAUCCAGAUUCGUAAACCUGAACAAUCAGAUUCGUAAUAAAUAUUUAAUCACUAGUGAAUACAAAUUUUAUCCGAAAGGUGGCAAUUCAUGUCCCUUUUGGUUGCCAAAGUCUUAAUGUAUUGUACUUAAUCCCUUCAACAUUCAGUUGAAGCAUCAUUAUACGUAUUUUUCUGUGUGUUAAAACAACCACAACAGUCAUCGAACAGUGAGAUCCAGUCGUGAAUUUUAAGCAUAGAAAUUUAUUUCUUGAACCGUGUAAUGAUGAUAUACGUAUUGAUGUAAUGAAUUCAAUCUAUCGUCCUCAUAUUGUACACCGCGUGUAAGGUGCAAUCAGGCUGAUGUAUGUUGUAUAAAUUUUGAAUAAAAUGUAUUUAAUCUUCA